AUGAAGGUUUCUUCCCCUGGUAUCUACUUCAAUGAAGAAUACAUAGUACUGAUUGACGAGACAAGGGGUGGUGUUAAUACUAGGUUUGAAGUCUGGAGACAGACCCUGGGGUCCAAGGGUUUCAAUCUGAGCAAGACUAAGACAGAGUACUUGGAGUGCAAGUUCAUUGAUGUAACUCACGAAGCGGACGUGGAAGUGCGGCUUGAUACACAAACCGACUAUAAUGUGUGGAGCGGAGCGUUGGCCAGUCAAGAGCUCUCAUGUCCAGAAUUGCAAGUAGCGGAGAUGAGGAUGCUGAGAUGGAUGUGUGAGCAUACUAAGAGAGAUAACAUUAGGAAUGAAGAUAUUCGAGACAAGGUGGGAAUGACCCCCGUGGUAGACAAGUUGUGGGAAGCGAGGCUGAGAUGGUUUGGGCAUGUAAAGAGGAGAUGCCCAGAUGCCCCCAGUGAGAAGGUGUGA